GAAUAAUGUUCAGUUCUAGAAAUUGCCAUCCCUAACAACGAUAAGACAGCACUGUUUUACACACUUUUGAUGAAGGGGGAAUCGUCAUUUCGUUAGACAUACCUCGUAAAAUUUGGCUCUAGGCAUGAGGCAUCUAGCGAGUCGCGAGAGAACGGAGGAAAACAAAGAAAAUCUGACAAUCUGUUUAUAGGGUUUUAGUGACUGCGGUUCGGGGGUUCGGGCCUUCUUCCUCCAAAGAGGUUAUUGAAGUCUUAUGAAGUUGUGGUUAUCUUUAUGGCAUACAUCCCUCCACAUAAGAGAAAUGUAAAAGAUGCAGACAGGCCAUCCCCUACACCAGAUGUGCUUGUUCCCCAAUUUGAAAGAAAUUUGACUCUGAAGUCUUCUAAAUAUAAUUCAGAGAAGAGGAAAGAUAAACAUUCUUCCCAAGGUGGAAAGAUUAUUUAUGCAAAACAUUCAAUAAAUAGAUGGUGGGUAAUUGGUUUGAUAGAUGAUGAUCAAUUUCCUGCUUCAGUUAGGCUGGAGCCAGUUUCUUGUGAAUCCAUUGAGCGGAAAAAUGGAGAAAAGCCACUGGUUCUAGUAUGUGCACAUCCACCAAAAGAGUUUAAUGAGACCACAGGGAACUCUAGAAGAAGCCCAUGGGUAUCCAUAGCACAGAUGAUACAACCACAUCUCCUCACAUCUUACCGAAGUGUUUGGAAUGAAAUGGAAUUCCAUGAAUCAGAAGAAAUAAAGCCUUCUUUUGUGGCUAGAUUUGGCAAAAUUCUCUUACAUGGGAGCCCCUCUGUCACACUAGACAAUGUCAAAAGAAGUUUAGCUGAUGAAUCCACUUCAAGUCGUGUGAAGAGAUCAUUUUAUACAAAUCUUCCUAGUUCUUAUAUGGAAGGAAUUUUAGGCAAUGUUGCCCCAAAUAUUGGAGUGGAUUUUGAUGAAGAGAAGGAGUAUUACCAUGUGAAGGUUUUUGACAAGUCUCGGCCAGAUACAACUAUUUCAUGUAAAUGUACUGCAUUGAAAGGUGGAGAACUAGAACUACACAAGAUUGAACUGAGUGCAGUGCGUCACCUGGUAGCUGACAUAUCAUGCUUGGAGAAGAAUCUAGACUUGAGACUGAUGUUAUACACUAAGGUGACCUUGACGGCAUUGACUGAUGACGAGAAACUUAGUUUGAGCCAUCUAAUAAAAUCUGCAAUUAUAGAUCCAAAUGUGAAGGGAGGGUUGAGAUGGCCAUUGGGGAAGGAAUGUUUUGGAGAUAAAUACAGUGUUGUUGGCGCCUGGCACACAAAAGCUAAAGCUUUUAAAAAUCUGUAUAUGAAGCUCAAGGUGCGAGAUGCAGAUCGAUUUGAUUUCAGGACUUCAAUGGGAGAAUUUUCAAGGGAAGUUGGUCUCAAGAUGACAGGAAUAGUUGGGCAGUUGCAGGAUCAUAUGGCAGAGGUAGGCCCUGUCACUGAUAUGCUUCAGGAUACCUUGAAAUUGAUAUGGGACAACUUCUUGAGCUGCAAUGACUUGCCCUUUUCUUGAACCCCUCUCGUGACUAGUGAGCCAUCCCUUUCCAAUCUUUGUAAAUAUUAGUUUCCGAUGAAUAAACAUGAUUGUAUGUUAUAAAGUCCUUCAGAUUGAUUUUCCUUUUAACUUCAUCUUCCUCAAGUGUGUUACUUUUGCGAACGAGUCUUUUCAAAACCAUACAUUGUUUUUAAAUGUAUACAUUAAUUCAUCCAUGUCCAUACAAUCUAUAUUGAUUCUAUACAUAAUGGGAACAUUAGGGCAAGUGUGGUUGGAUGUA